AUCCUCCUUACUCAAYUCAGGCUUGGCUCUACCAGCCUGUGAUUUGGAAUGAACUUGUGUAAGCUUUACCUUUAUGAAACAGUGCAAUUGCAUUUCAACAUUGCUUUGCAGUCUGGAUGUAACAUUUUGAUAARCCAACACAGCAGCUCAGAAAUGUUGACCCUCUCCGUGUAAAUAAACAAACUCCCUGACAGCUUCCUUCUGUGUUUUAUACRAGUGCUGGAUGUUUUGCUUGUUUUUGUGUCUGCAUAGAAAAAGGCAGUAUAGAGUUGUGAUUCAAGACAGAAAGCAAGCUCAAAUCUUAAUGCAGCAGAAGUAUAUCUUUCAGAAAUUUUUUGCAGGAUGUAUUGAGUCAAAUAUGGUCAUCCUUCUUUACUAAGGUAAGAGAAUAAGAGGAGAGGUACAAAACACCAGUUGUGAAAACUCCUCUGAGGUGUCCCCUUCUGGCCGAGGUGGAAAGCAAAGUCAAGUUAAACUCUGUUAAAUUUUACUGAAGAGUGAGGGGUUGCCAGCCCUUGAAUAAGCUGAUCAGCUGCUUUGACUUGGGAAGGAGUUCUGGAAUAGUUCAGGAUAGAAUGAGCACUUUAUUUCUUUAUUAAAUGGUAGAAGCUGUCGGUGCUGUGGACACUCUAAACAGAGUUUGGUGUUCUUGGGGGCUUUCUGCGAGCUGAGCUUGUCACUCACCCAGCAAUCCCAGAAGUGAGGGGAAUUUGACAGGUUCAAAGAUUCUGCUUCUAAGGCCCACUAUAGGAACAUACAUGUUAGGAUAAAAUAUGCUUGCCUAGGUGUCAGUUUGAGUUCUCAUCARCACAUGAACAUUAAAUUACAUUUAAAUUGCGAUUGGUUACGUAUGAACUUGAGAUAUUUCUGACAUGCAGACACUGAAAAUUGUAGUCAUUUAUAUUUAGACGUGGGAGUGUUUCUUUAGCAUCUUAACUACUGUUCUGGGACUUAAUUUUAGACACACCCACUUUAAAAUGUUUGYUUUGAUUUCUCAUUGUUUAAUUUGCAAAAGCAUAUGUGUUUUUAAAGUGCUUUAAAAUCUUAGGACAGRGAACAUCUAUAAUUAUUAAUCAUUUCAUUAAUUCCUCAUUAAUUUAAAAUGCAUUAUUUAACAGUAGAUCACAUUUUCCUGUUCUGUUGUGUACAAGGUAGUUUAUUACUUUCAUUCCUGUUAGAGAACAACCCUUUGUAUCCUCUCUGGAUACAAAAUUGGGUUGGGGAUGGAGAUAGAAAAGUCAGGCUGGAAGUGCUGAGUGCCACUGCCAAACGGGAUUUUUGUUUCUUUAGUACAGUUUACCUACAGACCAGUGGUGUUAAUGGUGUAUUUGUGUUGUGGAGUGUCUUUUACUUUUACCACAGAAGUGAGAGGUACCAUCCUCUUUAGAAUGGGCUGAUGUGGAGAGUURUAUUUUCCUGAAAAGGAACGUAAAUUGUGUCCAAAUGAAGCCCUGCCCUUUUCUGGCUCGCAGCCCAAGCAGCAGCAGCUCCAAAGGAACAGGAACAGCAAAAGGGCCGAGCACACGUGAAUUGUCGGGUGCCCGGGAGGAGCUGAUGCCCUUGAGUCACGGAUUGUCCAGCGAGGAGACCGCUCACCCUCCCCCUGGACAGGAGCGACUGCUCAACGCUGACACCCAGCAUUCUGCCACGGCCGUGAUGCCAGAGGGACCCACAGAAGAGCUCCCCAGCAGCCAACACGAUGAGAGYCCAGGGACUGAGCCUGCUGGGCUGGGGGGCUCCAGGAGCAGCAGGACCAUGGUGACAGGAGGAGGGGGAUACCUGGGGUACAACCUGGGCUGUGCCCUGGUCAGCUCAGGAAUCGCCGUCGUGCUCUUCGAUCUGCACCGGCCUAAAUGGGAAAUCCCAACAGGAGCCGACUUUUUCAAGGGUGAUGUGAGGGAUUAUGAAGCAGUGUUCAAAGCAUGUGAAGGGGUUGACUGUGUUUUCCAUGUAGCUGCAUGUGGAAUGUCAGGAUCAGAACAACUUCAAAAGAAAGAUCAUAUUGAAUCCAUAAAUGUUGGAGGCACAAAAAUAAUAAUUGAUGUCUGCAAACAAAGAAAUAUCCCUAGACUGAUAUAUACCAGUACAGUGAAUGUGGUGUUUGGAGGGAAUCCUAUUGAAGAAGGAGAUGAAGAAACUGUUCCAUAUUUCCCACUGGAAAAGCAAUUUAAUCAUUAUUCUAGAACCAAGGCAAUUGCAGACCAAAUGGUUCUUGCUGCUAAUGGAACUUUACUGAAAGGAGGGGACAAGCUCCACACGUGUGUGCUUCGCCCCCCGGGCAUCUACGGACCAGAAGAGCAGCGGCACCUGCCUCGAGUAGCCRUAAAUAUCCAGAGGAGACUUUUUAACUUCAAGUUUGGGAAUCACAAAGUUCAGAUGAACUGGGUUCACAUAGGAAAUCUAGUGCAAGCUCAUUUACUGGCUGCUGAGGCUCUCACCUCUGAGAAGGGCUAUGUAGCUAGUGGUCAGGCUUAUUACAUCCACGACGGUGAAAAUGUCAUCUUCUCUGAGUGGAUCGUGCCUCUGUUUGAAAAAUUAGGSUACAGGAAACCCUGGAUACAUAUUCCUGUUCUCCUGGUUCAUAUAGCAGCCACUGUGAUGGAAUAYCUGCACUUGAUACUGAAGCCAGUUUUCAGCUUUACACCUUUCCUGACAAGGAAUGAGGUGUGGAAUGUCACUGUAACUCACACUUUCCGAAUAGACAAGGCACGAAACCAACUCGGUUACAAACCAAAGAAAUUCUCAUUCGCUGAUUCUGUGGAUCAUUAUCUAAAAACAAGACCUACUUGCCAAGAAGAUCACACAUUCCUUAAAAUGGUGUUUGUGUUUGGCACUUUGUUAAGUUUGRUCAUUCUUUCUUUCUUCUAAAACCAAAUAACCACCUACGUGUUCCAGAAAACCUCAUUUUGUUUCUGAGUAUUAAUGAUCUGGUCCUCAGCAGAUUCCUCAGCCACUCUGGACUKUGUUACUCUUACUACUAUGAUGACACCUCUCUGAUCUCAUUAAGAAAAAAMCAACCAAAGAAAAAACAGCCUACAACAGUGAAAACAUGGGACAUGUCAGGAAAUGUUUCCCAGGAGCAACACAGCAUUACAUCAGAGGAGUUCACCAAAUGGAUACAGGAAUUGUUUUAAUGGAUCUUCAUUAAUUGAUUGUUUCAUGCUGGGAAGCAUUUUCUAAAAAUGGUUAUUCAGGAGGGUGAGAAGUUGGAAAAAGAGGAACUAUUACAGGACAGCAAUGCUGUAACAAGUCCAGUAGCUCCAAUGAAGAAAAGGGUGACUGAAAAACUCUUCUGAUGAAGCCACUGCUACAGCUACUGUCAGUUAGUCUGAGGAAUUGCAGAGACCUGGGAAACAGUGCAAAAAAUAUGGAAAGUAAAUAUUUAUAAAUAAUAGAUGAUUAGAGGAAUGAAAAUAGUAUUUAUGUAAAAUAGUUGUAUUGUUCUAAAGUUUUGUAAAGAUGUAAUAAAUAACUUUGUGUGUUUGUAAAUCAAAUCAUAUCCUUUCAAUGCAAUAAUAAAUAAUAACUGAACCAAAUACUGUUUUUAAGGAGCUUGUGGGAAGGGAAAGUUCAGCCAGCUGUUACUGCUUCUUGGGUGGAUUGCACUGGGUGAGCUACAGGUACACACCAAGUGUAGCCCAGACAAACUCUGCAGAAGUUACAAGCUUUUUCUUAGGAACCAGCUUUGUUGUGACCAGGGRGCAGCUGCUCCCUCUCUUGCACCCCACAUGGAGCAGGAGAGCUGGAUUUACCAGGGUAGGUCACAGAAGGGAAUGACAGGAAAGCUCUGCCAUCUGAUUAUCUCCACUCUSUAUUUAUUUUGCCUUUUGUUAGCAUUUUACAGGAUUUCUAGAUUAGUUUUAUAAAUCUUUC